CGAGAUCUCGAGGUGGCGAGCUCGUAUUCCCAAAAGACGCUGCUCGGCAAUGUCUUGUCCUUUAAAGGUGUAUAAAAGGACCUUUAUGCCUCGUUCCUACGCGAUAACCGGAACGAACUUGUUGCUUGACUCUCGAGAUCCGAAUUCCUGUUGAGCGUACUAGUACACACGAUGGCAAGUUCCGCUGGAGACUCUUCUACGGCCGAAUGGCAAGUCCCCCUCAACGGCUCUCCCUGCUGGAUUGAAAUUCCAGGACGGGAUCUUGAGAAGCAAAAGGCCUUUUACGCAGCCAUCUUCCCACUGUGGGAUUGGAGAGCCGCGAACCCCGAGACUGAUGAUGACGACACGGUCCGACGAUACAGCUUUGCUGACCAUAAUGGCCUCUCUGGGGGAAUUGUCAAAGUCUCUGAUAAUUCGCCUUGCACAGCCCAACUCCCAGGUAGCGGCAUGACCGUCUACUACAUGGUUGAUUCUCUAGACGAGACCAAGCAGCGAGUCCAGGAGAAUGGUGGGAUGACCGUUAUAGACAGGACCGCGGAGGGUGCAUUUGGGUGGUAUAUGAAUUUCCAUGAUCCGGAAGGCAAUCGGUUCGCCUGUUAUGAGAUCCAACACGGCCAGAAAGGGCGUGGAGACCCUUGAUACGUUUCGCGUGGUGAGUGUGGUUUAUUUCCAAAUUCCAGCGAAGCGGUAGUUGUUGGCCACUCAAUGCUAUGCUCUGCGGCGAUCUUGCCAAAGGCUGCUUAACUGUACAUGACAGUAGUCGCGCCUUCUUUGUUCUCUUCCUCC